AUGCGUACUUUAAUAUUUUUCAUUGCAUUUGCCUCCGUUGCUUUUGCCAAGAAUCUACCACAGUGGCCGCAGAGGAACGAUGUUUCUGCUGGAGGUUCACCAGCUGAUGAACAGAAAGUUGAAAAGAAGAUGAAAGAAGCAAGGGAAAGAAUGAAGGAACAACAAGAAAAAACAAGAGGAGAUCAAGAAGAGAGAAGGAAAGAAGUAGAAAGGAUAAUGGGAGAACACAGAAAAAGCAUGGAAGAACAAAAUAAGAGUAGGAGAGAACAAAUGGAAGCGUCCCGUCAAAGAUUACAAGAACGAUUAGGAGAUACUGAUACACUGCCUAGUGGAACAGAUUCAUGUCUAGAGGAUAUAUCUGUGACAGACAGUUCAGCAAACGAAAAUUCCCAAUCUAGUCAACCUGAAGAAGGAACUGAAGCAAACCAAAACGCUGCAGAAGGAAACAAUGGAUCAACCGGCAAUGAUGGAGACCAAAACAUUGCCGAAGAGACGAAUAAUGAAGCCGCACAAACAGCUUUGCCUAAGGAGGGCACUGAUUCAGGUCCAAACAUUAUCGAAGAGAACAAUAAUGAAGCAGUACAAACCGACAAUAAUGCAGAACAACCUGGCCUACCUGAGAUAGGCAAUAAUGAAGACCAAAACAUUCCAGUAGGAAACAAUGAAGCUGAAGAAACCGACAGUAACGCAGAACAACCUAGCUUGCCUGAGGUAGGCAAUAAUGCAGACCAAAAUGUUACCGCAGAGAACAAUAAUGAAGGAGCACAGACCGGAAAUAAUACAGAACAACCUAGCUUACCUGAGACAGGCAAUAAUGGAGACCAGAACGUUGUUGACGAAAACAAUAACGAAGGAGCACAGACAGGAAAUGAUGCAGAACAACCUAGCUUACCUGAGACAGGCAAUAAUGGAGACCAGAACGUUGUUGACGAAAACAAUAACGAAGGAGCACAGACCGGAAAUGAUGCAGAACAACCUAGCUUACCUGAGACAGGCAAUAAUGGAGACCAGAACGUUGUUGACGAAAACAAUAACGAAGGAGCACAGACCGGAAAUGAUGCAGAACAACCUAGCUUACCUGAGACAGGCAAUAAUGGAGACCAGAACGUUGUUGACGAAAACAAUAACGAAGGAGCACAGACCGGAAAUGAUGCAGAACAACCUAGCUUACCUGAGACAGGCAAUAAUGGAGACCAGAACGUUGUUGACGAAAACAAUAACGAAGGAGCACAGACCGGAAAUGAUGCAGAACAACCUAGCUUACCUGAGACAGGCAAUAAUGAAGACCAGAACGUUGUUGAGGAGAACAAUAACGAAGCAUCACAGACCGGAAAUGAUGCAGACCAACCUAGCUUACCUGAGACAGGCAAUAAUGGAGACCAGAACGUUGUUGAGGAAAACAAUAACGAAGGAGCACAGACCGGAAAUGAUGCAGACCAACCUAGCUUACCUGAGACAGGCAAUAAUGGAGACCAGAACGUUGUUGAGGAGAACAAUAUCGAAGCAGCACAGACCGGAAAUGAUGCAGAUCAACCUAGCUUACCUGAGACAGGCAAUAAUGGAGACCAGAACGUUGUUGAGGAAAACAAUAACGAAGGAGCACAGAACGGAAAUGAUGCAGAACAACCCAGCUUACCUGAGACAGGCAAUAAUGGAGAACAAAACGUUGUUGAGGAGAACAAUAACGAAGGAGCACAGACCGGAAAUGAUGCAGAACAACCUAGCUUACCUGAGACAGGCAAUAAUGGAGACCAGAACGUUGUUGAGGACAACAAUAACGAAGGAGCACAGACCGGAAAUGAUGCAGAACAACCUAGCUUACCUGAGACAGGCAAUAAUGGAGAACAGAACGUUGUUGAGGAGAACAAUAACGAAGGAGCACAAACCGGAAAUGAUGCAGAACAACCUAGCUUACCUGAGACAGGCAAUAACGGAGAACAGAACGUUGUUGAGGAGAACAAUAACGAAGGAGCACAGACUGGAAAUGAUGCAGAACAACCUAGCUUACCUGAGACAGGCAAUAAUGGAGACCAGAACGUUGUUGAGGAGAACAAUAACGAAGGAGCACAGACCGGAAAUGAUGCAGAACAACCUAGCUUACCUGAGACAGGCAAUAAUGGAGACCAGAACGUUGUUGAGGAGAACAAUAACGAAGGAGCACAGACCGGAAAUGAUGCAGAACAACCUAGCUUACCUGAGACAGGCAAUAAUGGAGACCAUAACGUUGCCGAGGAGAACAAUAACGAAGGAGCACAGACCGGAAAUGAUGCAGAACAACCUAGCUUACCUGAGACAGGCAAUAAUGGUGACCAGAACGUUGUUGAGGAGAACAAUAACGAAGGAGCACAGACCGGAAAUGAUGCAGAACAACCUAGCUUACCUGAGACUGGCAAUAAUGGAGACCAGAACAUUGUUGAGGAGAACAAUAUCGAAGGAGCACAGACCGGGAAUGAUGCAGAACAACCUAGCUUACCUGAGACAGGCAAUAAUGGAAACCAGAACGUUGUUAAGGAGAACAAUAACGAAGGAACACAGACCGGAAAUGAUGCAGAACAACCUAGCUUACCCGAGACAGGCAAUAAUGGAGACCAAAACGUUGUUGAGGAGAACAAUAACGAAGGAGCACAAACCGGAAAUGAUGCAGAACAACCUAGCUUACCUGAGACAGGCAAUAAUGGAGAACAGAACGUUGUCGAGGAGAACAAUAAUGAAGGAUCACAGACCGGAGAUGAUGCAGCACAACCUAGCUUACCUGAGACAGGCAAUAAUGGAGACCAGAACGUUGUAGAGGAGAACAAUAACGAAGGAGCACAGACCGAAAAUGAUGCAGAACAACCUAGCUUACCCGAGACAGGCAAUAAUGGGGACCAGAUCGUUGUUGAGGAGAACAAUAACGAAGGAGCACAGACCGGAAAUGAUGAACCUAGCUUACCUGAGACAGACAAUAAUGGAGACCAGAACGUUGCCGAGGAGAACAAUAAUGAAGGAGCACAGACCGGAGAUGAUGCAGCACAACCUAGCUUACCUGAGACAGGCAAUAAUGGAGACCAGAACGUUGUAGAGGAGAACAAUAACGAAGGAGCACAGACCGGAAAUGAUGCAGAACAACCUAGCUUACCUGAGACAGGCAAUAAUGGAGACCAGAACGUUAUUGAAGAGAACAAUAACGAAGCAGAACAAGCAGACAAUAAUGCAGAACAACCUAGCCUGCCAGAAGGAAAUAACGAUGGCGAAAUUCAUGAUGUCAAUGAUGUUAAUGGGGAUGCUGCUGGAGGUGAUGAAGAACCAGCUGGUCAAAACAGCGAUUCUGGUGUACCACAAGGAGGAGACAAAGAAGAAUCCAACGCAGGAGAAAACAAUGGAGAAACACAGAAUGAUGGCGACCAUUCAGGAUCAGAGCAGAACGACAAAGAAUCGAAUCAAACUGAUGAAAACAACGAUGACAACGAUGAUUCAAACAAUGAUGAUGAUACAAAGGAGAAACAGAAAUCUGAUGAAGAAAACAAAGACAGUGAUGAGAGUGGUGGUGAUGAAGAAGAUAAUUCGAGGGAAGAAGCAGAGAAACAAACUGAAGAAAACGACGAUGACAACGAUAAUAACUCUAACAAUGAUCCUUCCGAUGAAAACAAUGAUGAUUCAAAGGAAGAACGAAAAUCUGUUGAAGAAAACAAAGACAGUGAAGAGGAUGGUAGUAAUGAAAAGAAGAUUUCGAGGGAAGAAGCAGAGAAAGUAAGAGAAGAAAUAGAAAGGAGAAGGAAAGAACUUGAAGGAAAAAGAAAAGAACAAGAAAGAAAGAAAAAAGAAGAAGUUAACGUAGGAAAAAUCGAUAAAGAAUCAGACGAGAACAAUAACGAAUCCAAGCAAACUGAAGAAAACGACGAUGACAACGAUGAUGAUUCAAAGGAGAAACAGAAGUCUGAUGAAGAAAACAAGGACAGUGAUGAGAUCGAUAGUGAUGAAAAUACGAGUUCCAGAGAACGUUCAGAGAAGGUGAGAGAAGAGAUAGAAAAGAGAAGGAAAGAACAAGAAAGAAGAAGGAGAGAACAAGAAAGAAGAGAGGAAGAACGACAAAGGAGGAAUAAAGAACAAGAAAGUAGAAGGGAAGAACAAGAAAAGAAAAGGAGAGAACAAGAAAGGAGAAGGGGAGAACAAGAAAAGAGAAGGGAAGAACAAGAAAAGAAGAAGAGGGAACAAGAAAAGAGAAGGGGAGAGCAAGAAAACAGAAGGAAAGAGCAAGAAAAGAGAAGAGAAGAACAAGAAAAGAGAAGUAGACAACAAGACACGAAUGCUGAAAUUGAAAACAAAUUUGGACGCCCUGUUGUUGAUCUGUGUGACCCUCAAAUAUGUAAAAUUGAAUGCAUGAGAAAUGGAAACCAUGCUGGAUACUGUUUCCCUAGGACCACCUGCAACUGUGUAUAG